AUGGCCGGCGUGUCCGUGUCGGAUACGUAUCCGACACGGACACGCAUUCAGGACGGGGGAACGGCGUGUCCCUUUUCCCAGUUUCCGGCUGACGAGGGCGGAUGCGGGUCGAGACGGGCAGAAGCGGGUCGGACAUUUUUUUGCGUUUUUCACUUCACCGCCUGUGCUUCUAAUUCUCGUUCUUCAUCUCUCACGUUUAUUCAUGGUUCACGCUGCGUCGCUGCCUCACCCGCUCUGCUCUGCCUCUACCUAUUCACAAUUCACGUUGAUUCUCGACCAUCUGCUCUGCCUCUACCUCACCGUCGUUCUUCAGCUUCAUUGACUGCGACACGGCUUCGGUGGAUCAGGGAGCUGCUAGCUCCAGUGGUACGGUGUUUCCCGGCGAGAACGACCACACUGUGGAACCAGGUGGUGAUAAUUGGGUUAAAGGGAAAUGAUGCAGGAUCUGUGGCGCGUGAGGAGAACGCGCCACCUAGAUGUAGGAAUUACCGAGGCGUGAGGCGUCGGCCGUGGGGAAAGUUCUCUGCGGAGAUCCGGGAACCGCAGAGGAACGGGGCAAGGACAUGGCUUGGAACCUAUGAGAGCGAGGAGGACGCAGCUUUGGCUUAUGAUAGAGCUGCUUUCAAGAUGCGUGGUGGAAAAGCCAAGCUCAAUUUCCCACACCUUAUUGGAUCGGAGCCACCGCCGGAGCCGGCAAGAGUGGUCAUUAGAGAGAAGCGGUGCAGCUCGCUGGAACUUUCGUCGCCGUCUAACUGUACAUCCGAGGAUGAUGGAUCUCAAGGGUCAAGUAAGAAGAUAAGCCUGGCCGGUCUAUUGAACAAGUUAGCAACAAAUGGAAGCCACGUCGGAUUCCGUUGA